CCAUCAUCGUCGCUAGCCCUUCCGGCCCUCCUCACCUAUCAAACGGCCGCCAACGCAUGCGUAGUGGGCCUUCCAUAGUCGAUACAUACAUACAUAGAUUGAUAGUACGGCCGCAGAGCCCCAACCACACGACAAACCACACCCCCAGCCCGCCACCAAGGGAAAAGAGUAGAAGGACAGGCCACAGCCAGUGCGUCCAAUCUCGCUCGCCGUCACGCUCAGACGCCUCCUCCGCCUUGCCGCUCCUGCUUCCUCGCUCACUCUCACACUCACAUUCUCCUUCUCUCCCAUUCAUUUUCCUUUUGCCGCAUUUCCUCACCUACAGUCAUUCGUUCCAGCGUCCCCAUUGUCAGCGCCCUCCACACCUCCAGGCACCGCCAAGUCUUGCGCCGCCAAUCGGCUAUCGCAACACCCUCCCCUGCCUGCUUGUCCUGCACGCACGCCUUCCCGUCCUGUCCUGCUACCCAUCGCUCCUGCCUUUGCCACGGACUCCUGCAGCGUGCCUUCCUUGUCAAUCCCCGGCCCUACCACCAUUGGCCAACGCGCCUGCCAUGAGCCCGCGUCCCCAGUAGAGACCGCCGGUGCCCCUUCGUCUGUCUGCUUCCCCUCUGCUUGGACACCGACACACCAUCUCCAACAACACCACCACCCAUAAUCAUCAAUUCAUCGACCUCGUCGUCGCCGCUCGCCGCUCAUGGGGGAUCUCUCUUCCUCAUUGCUGGCGUCGCGCGCCGGCAGGCUCGCCCUUUCGCUCCUUUUGGCUUCGCCCUACUUAAUACCCGCCGCCAGCGCCUUCACACUCACUCCCGUACCACUUCCUAAUCUCGACCUUGCGCCCCUUGGCCGCGUCGCCUUCGCCGGUGACUUCGACUCGCUGUCGCUCUACCAAUUCGCCGAACAGAACGAAACCUCCGAUCCCGCCAAUGCCAUCUACCAACGACUGCCCACCGGCGUCUUUGCCCCCAUCAAGAAUCCAGAUACCAAGCAGGCCCUCAACACCGAUGGCGAUGUCAAAGCCAUGUGCGCGCUCCGUCGCGGCAACGAACUCCGCGGCUUUGUAGUUGGCGGCAACUUUACGAGCGUUGACGGCGUCAAAACUCCCGGAGGUAUCGCUAUGCUCGACGCAAACACCGGCCAACCCGCCCCUCUGGAGGGACUGACGGGCUCUGUCAACGCAUUGCAUUGCGAUUCCGACCGCAGCCAGGUCUACGUAGGAGGCGAGUUCACCGGUGGAAACUCCAAGAAUGCUAUUAUCUGGAAAGAAGACUGGACCAACAUGCCCUUUGAGGGUUUUAACGGACCCGUCAACUCCAUCACGGAAGCCCCCAACGGCAAAAUCAUCUUCGGUGGCCAGUUCGACGGCCUCGGCAAUGGAACAUCUGGCGGUGCGCCUCAGAACAACACGCAAUCGCUGCCCGUAGGAUCCGCCAACAUCACAGCCCAGACAAGCUCUGGACAACCCGGCUUCACCAACCCCAAGACCAUUGCAUGCAAAGCCAACCCCGAAACCGAAGGACCUGAUUCUACCUGGCUACUUGCAGAUGAUACUGCCGGCUUCUGGAGGGCUGAUUUCGGCUUCGGCUUCCAGCCCACCAAGCUCAGACUCUUCAACACCAAACUCGACGGUCGCGGAACCAAGACCUGGCGCUAUACCGCCUUGCCCGAUGGCGGCAUCAUGAAUUUCACUUUCGUCGAUCCCACCACGAAGCAACAGACUUUCUGCGAUGCCCUCUGCCCACUUCCCGAAGGAAACACCACAGCCCAGGAUUUCUUCUUCGUCAACCAGGUCGGCAUGAACGGCUUCAAAAUCGACAUUUCAGACUGGUAUGGCUCGGGUGGCGGACUCAAUGCUAUACAAGUCUACCAAACCCAAAUCUUCUCCUACGCUAUCGACGAGUUCAACAAGCCUAGCUGUGGAGGUCAAACCAGCGGUGCUUCUGCUACACCCACUGGAAAUUGGAUCCCCUCGCCUUCCCACGACAGUAGCUCCAUGUAUCUCACCACUACGUUGCCAAUUGAUCAGGUCGAUCCCGAUCAGCAGUUCGUGACGUUCCAGCCCGACAUUCCACAAACUGGAAACUACACCAUCAAGAUAUAUACUCCCGGCUGCCGCGGCGACAACACGUGCUCUACUCGCGGUCAGGUCACAGUCUUGGCUGACGUGCCGACCGGCUCGGGGAACACUACAGUCAAGAGAGAACUGUUUCAGACAAACGAGUUCGACAAGUAUGACACCAUCUACGAUGGUUUUGUUGACACUUCCAAUGGCGCUCGUCCAUCCCUCAAAUUGAUUCCGAUGACCAAUCCAAACCCUUCCGGCAGCAACGAUCUGACCUUUGUCGCUCAGAGAGUGGGCUUUGACAUCAAGAAUGCCACUUCCGGUGAUAUUAAUGGCCUCUUCGAAUACGAUGCCGAUGAGCAAAAAGUUGAGGAGGAUCUUUCGAAGUCGGUCAUUGUUGCGGCAGGUGCCGAUCUCAGCCCCACGCAAAAGGCAAAAAUAAACUCCAUGACUGCUGCCAACAACCGUUUGUAUGUUGGGGGCAACUUCACUUCUGGAAAAGGACUCAACAACAUCUUUGCUGUGGAAAACGAUGCCAAAGACGCUACAACACUUGAUGGUGAUGGGCUGAAUGGCGAAGUCACCAUCAUCUUCGGGACGGGUAACACAAUCUACGUUGGUGGAAAUUUCACCAACACUGAGAACAGCGCAUCGACCGGACUCAAUGGUGUAGCUGCUUAUAGCAACGACAAAUGGGAAGCUCUUGGCGCUGGUAUCAACGGCUUCGCUCUGCACAUUGUGCCUUUCACCAUGAACAUAACCGGUACCGAGGCGGAUGAGGUUCUCGGCAUCAGCGGUUAUUUCGACAGAGUCAAUGGUUUCAGCAACAAUCCCUCCUUCCCCGUCGAUAACUUCGCCAUCUGGGUCCCUUCACAAAAGAAUUGGCUGUCCAACUUGAAUCUUCAGACAGCCUUGAUCACAGGACACAUAACGGCCUUUGCCGAUAUUCCAAAUGCUGCUGCCCCCAUGAACCGGAUCUACUCAGGCUCCAUCUCUUCCGGUGCUCUCGGUGCAAACGGUGCAGCAGUCCUCGAUCAUGAGAACAACGCCCUUAGCCUCAGAGGCAUGGCAGCAGACAUUCGUGAACAACAGCAAACCGUGUCCCGGAAACGAUCUUUGUCCGAUAAUCACAACCUGAAUACUACCGGAAUAGUUACGGCCACCUUUUACAAGGAGAACAAUAUGAACAAGACAAUUCUUGGCGGUCACUUCGCAACGAAAGGAUCAAAUGAUGAAAACAUCACCAAUGUAGUCAUCAUCGAUGGCAAGGAUUCCAACAAGAUCAGCGGUUUCGGUGAAGAAGUCGACUUCAACUCUACUAUUGCUUCGCUCUCUGUAUCCGAGAACAUCCUGUACGCCGGUGGUAGAUUGACUGGUCGCAUCAGCAACAGUAGGGUCGCUGGAAUUGUUGCUUACGAUCUAGGCACCAGCAAGUUUGGCAACAUACAGCCUCCCGCCCUUCUGGGCACGAACGUGACUGUCAACGCCAUCGCCCCUCGACCCAAAUCCAAAGACAUCUACGUGGCUGGACGUUUCGAGUCCGCAGGAGCUUUGAGUUGUCCCGCCCUAUGCAUCUGGAACACUGAACGUAACCAGUGGCUUGCUCCCGGCAACUCUAUAUCUGGCGUUGCUACAUCCCUUACCUGGAUCUCGGAUACGAAGCUCCUCAUCUCCGGAAACCUGACAGUUGCAGACAAUUCCACAACAGUGUUUACAUACGAUUCAGCCACCAGCCAGUUUGAGUCCGUUCCACAAGCGGAUACGCUUCCAGGUCCUGUGACUGCGUUGAAUGUCGCGAACGCCGAAGGCACCCAAUUGUGGGUAGCUGGCCAGGCUGGGGACGGUUCGGCCUUCCUCCAACGAUAUGACGGCAGCAAGUGGCUUCCGGUCCAGGAUCAGUUCCAGCCGGGUACGCUAAUUCGAAGCAUACAACCCAUGAGGACCACGCAAGAUCAUGGUGCCUCGGAUCUGAUUGAUCGAAACCAAGUCCUCCUCAUCCUCGGCGAGAUACAAUUACGUAACAGUAUCUCUGCAUCUGGAGCCAUCUUCAACGGAAGCACCGUGACUCCAUUCAUCCUCACGUCUGGGCCAGACGAUCAACGCUCAAGUCUGUCUCAGAUGUUUGUCGAAAACCCUGAAUCGUUCUUCACGUCUAGCAAAAAGAGUCUUGCCUUGGGUUUUAUUGUCCUCAUCGCCCUUGCUAUCGCUCUCGCGCUUACCUUCCUUCUGGUUGUCGCUGGAAUCCUUCUCGAAUGGUACCGAAAGAAAUCUCAGGGCUAUUCUCCAGCUCCCACAAGCUACACGGAUCGUAUGGGCAAUGUUGGUCGCGUUCCUCCAGAACAGCUGUUUGGUACUCUAUCCGGUCCUCGAGCUCCAGCCAUAUGA